AUGCUGGUUGCCGCCCUCUGCGCUCGCCGUAGGUUGCGUGACAAGGGCCUUCCGCCAGGGCCUGAUCCACUCCCACUUGUCGGCAAUGUGCUUCAGGUUAAUCCGGCAUACCCAUGGCUCACGUUCGCAGAGUGGAAGUUGGUAUAUGGGAACAUGGUCUACUGCAGGAUUCUUGGUAGAGAUACUGUGGUCAUUAACUCCGAGAAAGUCGCGCAGGAUUUGCUAGAUAAACAAUCGCGCAACUACUCUGAUAGGAUGAGCAUGUCAAACUUGCCAACAAUGUAA